CGGAGUCUCAACUAAACCGAAUCAUAAUCAGUUUGAGUUGAAACGUUAAGCGGUAAACAUGUUUUAGAAAAAUAGCUCUUCCGUUACUAAAGAAAAAGAAAUCACAAUAUUUUAUACUUAACACACAAAAAUCAAUUUACUUAGAAAAUAAAUAAAAGACGACAAAGAAGAGAAAAAUUUCAAACGAAAACUUAACGUCUCAAAAUAAUAAAACAAAAUAUUUAUAAAAACGAAACAAAGAAUAAAAAAUUAGUGAAAUAAUUUAAAGAAAAUAAAACGCUUGUUACGUUACGUCUGACCUACACACACACAUGGAUUACGGGUUUACGGUUUUACAACAUUGAAAACAAGCGAUCACAAGUGACAAUACAAUUUUGUUCAACAAAAUAAUAAAAAAACAAAACAAAAAAUGUAUCAACAAUAAUUUGAGAAAAAAAAAAAAUAAAGUGAAAAAAUCUCAAUUAGAAGAAAUUCUAAAACAAUUCUGCAACAAUGAAAGAAUAACUGGCAAGCCAUCACCAAAAGAAGUGUUCAAAGUGUAAUCAACCACAAAAUCCAUUGAACACCCAGCCACCGCCAUCAUCGGGACUUCAAGUCCAAAAUAUUAUCAUCAUUAGUUUUGUUUCCAUAACCAACUAAAAAACAAAAAACACAACAAAAAUGUCUCUGUACGCCUGCGCCUCGUUUUUGCUCCUCACCGCCGCCAGCAUUGUCAGCGGUGUCAGUUCACAGUGUUCGUGGGAGUUUGUACGCACAACCAUGGACAUUAAAUGUAAUAUACGUGCCAUUGAUGUAUCGCAACAAUUGGACUUACAAGUUGCCGAAACGGCAACCCGUCUCGAACUCGCCUGUUCCAAUGAUGUCCUGUAUGCCAGCGAUUUGGGCAACAAGACAUUUGUACGCCUACAAAAAUUGUCGGAAUUGCAAAUCGAUUCGUGUAAAAUGCAACGUCUCGCCGAGAAUACUUUCGAAGGUCUAAUGUCGUUGAAACGUUUGACGGUCCAGACGCACAAUGCCGUUUGGGGUCCCGGUAAAACACUGGAUAUUUCACCCCAGGCAUUUUACGGUCUACGCGAAUUGUCCGAGCUGAGCUUGGCCGACAAUAACAUACGCCAACUGCCCGAGGGUGUUUGGUGUACCAUGCAAAAUCUCCAAGUCUUGAAUUUGACUUCGAAUCGCAUUCGAGCCGCCGAGUCAUUGGGUUUCUCCGAAAAACUCUGUACCUCAAAUGGUGCCAGUGGUGCUGCUGAGUUGCAAGUCUUAGAUGUGUCCUACAAUGAAUUGCGUUCCUUGCCCGAUGUUUGGGGUGCCUCACGCCUUAGACGCCUACAACAAUUGAACCUGCAACACAACAACAUUUCCUCAUUGGCAGCCAAUUCCUUGGCUGGUCUAUCAUCGCUGCGCGUGCUAAACCUGUCCUACAAUCAUUUGGAAACACUGCCAGCCGAUUCCUUUGCCGGCAACAAGGAGUUGCGUGAAAUCCAUUUGCAAGGCAAUGAAUUGUAUGAUUUGCCGAAAGGUCUAUUCCAUCGCUUGGAACAACUGCUGGUGCUCGACUUGAGUGGCAAUCAAUUGACCUCACACCAUGUUGACAAUAACACAUUUGCUGGUCUAAUACGUCUUAUUGUCCUGAACUUGGCCAACAAUGCCCUCACCCGUAUUGGCUCGAAAACCUUCAAGGAAUUGUAUUUCCUACAAAUUCUUGAUAUGCGCAACAAUUCCAUUGGCCACAUUGAGGAUGGUGCCUUCCUGCCUUUGUACAACCUCCAUACCCUCAACCUAGCCGAAAACCGCCUACACACCUUGGACAAUCGUAUUUUCAAUGGUCUCUAUGUCCUUACCAAAUUGACAUUGAACAACAAUCUCAUCAGCAUUGUUGAGUCUCAGGCCUUCCGCAAUUGUUCCGAUCUCAAGGAGUUGGAUUUGAGUUCCAAUCAAUUGGCUGAAGUCCCUGAAGCUGUACAAGAUCUGAGCAUGCUAAAAACCUUGGAUUUGGGUGAAAAUCAAAUUUCCGAUUUCAAAAAUGGUACCUUCCGCAAUCUGAAUCAAUUGACCGGCCUGCGUUUAAUUGACAAUCGCAUUGGCAACAUCACCGUGGGCAUGUUCAGCGAUUUGCCUCGUUUAAGUGUUUUAAAUUUGGCCAAGAAUCGCAUUCAGUCCAUUGAACGUGGCGCCUUCGACAAGAACAGUGAAAUUGAAGCCAUCCGUUUGGACAAGAACUUCCUCACCGACAUCAAUGGCAUUUUUGCCACCUUGGCUUCCCUGCUGUGGCUCAAUCUUUCCGAAAAUCAUUUGGUAUGGUUCGAUUAUGCCUUUAUCCCCUCGAAUUUGAAAUGGUUGGAUAUUCAUGGUAACUACAUUGAGGCCUUGGGAAAUUACUAUAAACUGCAGGAGGAGAUUCGCGUAACUACCCUGGAUGCCAGUCACAAUCGCAUCACUGAAAUUGGAGCCAUGGCUGUACCCAACUCCAUUGAAUUGCUGUUCAUCAACAACAACAUCAUUAGCCAGGUUCAACCCAACACCUUUGUCGAUAAGACCAAGCUAUCGCGCGUUGACUUGUACGCCAAUGUCUUGUCCAAGUUGGCUUUGAACUCGUUGCGCGUUGCCCCCGUUGCCGCUGAUAAGCCAGUGCCUGAAUUUUAUUUGGGCGGUAAUCCUUUCGAAUGUGACUGCAGCAUGGAAUGGCUGCAACGCAUCAACAACAUGACCACCCGCCAACAUCCCCGCAUCAUCGAUUUGGCCAACAUUGAAUGCCUAAUGCCGCACAGCCGUAACGCCCCCAUUCGCCCAUUGUCAUCGCUGUCGAGCAGUGACUUUGUCUGCAAAUACACCUCCCAUUGUCCGGCGACCUGCCACUGCUGUGAUUUUGAACAGUGCGACUGUGAAAUGGUCUGUCCCGACAAUUGUACCUGUUUCCACGAUGCUACCUGGUCGACGAACAUUGUCGACUGUGGGAAACAGAAUCGCAUCAACCUGCCACAACGCAUUCCCCAGGAUGUCACCGAUUUGUAUUUGGAUGGCAAUAAUCUGCCGGUAAUCGAUGCUCAGGUGUUUGCGGGCAAACGCAAUCUACGUGCUCUCUACCUGAACUCCUCGAAUGUGGUGACAAUUCAAAACGGCAGUUUUGCCGAGCUCAGCAUGCUGCGUUCCCUGCAUUUGGAGAACAAUAAACUGCAAUCCUUGGACGGCAGUGAAUUCCAACAAUUGUCUCUGCUCAAGGAAUUGUAUUUGCACAAUAACCUGCUCACGUCCAUUUCGAACAAUACCUUCGGUCCCUUGGUUUCAUUGAAGGUUUUGCGUCUAGACAACAAUCGUCUCACUGCAAUGCCCAUUGCCCAAUUGGCUAGUCUUCAGUAUCGCAACAGUCUACAGGGUCUGACAAUGGGCCGUAACUCCUGGUCUUGCCGUUGUCAGUUCUUGCAGAGCUUGGCCCAGUUUGUGGCCGACAAUGCUAUGGUCAUUCGUGAUUCCCAGGAUAUCUACUGUGUUGAUAAUGGUGUUAAGCGUGAAUUGGAAUUGUUCACCCAGCAUGGUGUGGACUGCAGUGAGCUGUUGGAAAAUGCCAGCAAUAUGGCCUCCCAAGAUGUGUCGGGCGGUUAUGUGCCUCUGCUGGCUGCUGUUUUGGUGUUGAUCUUCCUAAUUGUGGUGCUGAUCAUUGUCUUCGUCUUCAGAGAAUCGGUAAGAAUGUGGCUAUUUGCCCACUAUGGUGUGCGUGUGUGUGAGCCUCGCUUCGAAGAUGCCGGCAAGUUGUACGAUGCCAUUAUUUUACAUUCCGAAAAAGAUUAUGAAUUUGUGUGCCGCAAUAUUGCCACCGAAUUGGAACAUGGUCGUCCACCAUUCCGCCUAUGCAUCCAGCAAAGAGAUUUACCACCCCAGGCCAGUCAGUUGCAAAUUGUGGAGGCUGCCCGGGCUUCGAGGAAAAUCAUUUUGGUUUUGACCCGCAACCUGUUGGCCACCGAAUGGAAUCGUUUGGAAUUCCGUAAUGCAUUCCAUGAGGCUUUGAGAGGUUUGGCCCAGAAACUGGUAAUCAUUGAGGAGACAAAUGUUUCCGCUGAGGCUGAAGAUGUUGCUGAGCUAUCGCCCUACUUGAAAUCGGUGCCUUCAAAUCGCCUGCUGACCUGUGAUCGUUACUUCUGGGAAAAAUUGCGUUAUGCCAUACCAAUUGAAUUGUCGCCACGUGGCAAUAACUAUACCCUGGAUCAUCAUGAGCGUUUCAAGCAGCCUGUUUCACCUGGUGUAUUGUUCCGCCAGGCUCCCCCACCACCAGCCUACUAUCAGGAAGAUAUGGAAGCCAAUUACUCUUCGGCCACCACUGCCACACCAUCGCCCAGACCCACCCGACAUGGUCAACGUAUUGUUGAUGCCAUGCCAAUGCGUCCACCAAGUGAGCAUAUCUAUCACAGCAUUGAAUCGGAAUAUGGUUAUGAACAACAUGAAGCCUUGUCCAUGAUUCCCAAUGAUAUGACCAGCGGUCGUCAUCAUCCUCAUCAUCAGCAUUUGGCUCCUCCCUCAAACGCAAUGUUUCGCCAAAGUACCAACCCUCGUUUGUCGAUGAAUGCGGCUGGUGCAAGUGCCGCUGCUGCUGGUCAACAGCAAUGGAGACCCUCAACGUUAAUGGCCCAGCCACAACAACAACAGCAGCAGCAACAACAAUUCCAGCCGGCCACAGCCCCUGUACAUUUGCGCAGUGGUAGCAAUUUAAGUCAAUGUAGUACUAGCACACAAUCAACGGCCGCCUUGGCACAAACGCCCCAGCCACAAGCUUCCACUUCCGCGGCUGCCCAACAGCAGCAGCAGCAACAACAAACAGCUGCCACAGGUGUGACUCCAGCCACAAGUAAUGAGGGUUCAGCGCCGUCAGCAGCGAAUAAAAACACCACCAAUCAAGCCUUUUUAGUGUAAGAACAGCCGCAAACAGCAAAAGGCAACAAAAACAAAGGGUAAGAAGGGCAGGGUAAUAAAUAGCAGCAGUCGUGCAAAAGCGACCAAAGCAGCCAUUUCUAUAUUCUACACAGCGAGCAAGGUUGGAUGACUACGAUGACGACAACAACAAAGGCCAUGUUUCCAAGAUGGUGGAUAUCAUAUCCGUGGAAGCUUUAUGUUGUAGAGAAUCGCGAACCCUCUUCAUCAUGGCCAUCGCGUAGAGCUGUAGAAGAACGGAACGGAGGAUAAACCCCAUACAAACUCAAAAACAAAAAUACAAAAGACUUUCCAUAGGAAUAUAGAGUAGGUAAAAGAAAAAAAAAAAAUAACAAAAACAAAAAAAUAUGCAUUUAGCCAAGAGAAUGGAGCAGCAUAAUGGAGCGAUUUGAGGUUAAACACUCAAAACGGGCAACGGGAAGAUAGUAGAGGAGAAAAGCAGUACCACUUUUUUCAAAUUCAAUGUGAUAUUAAAUAAUUAUUUAACUAAAAAAACUAAUAACUAUUAAAAAAAAAACAACAACAAACAAAAACUCUAAUGUAUUAUAAAUGAAUAGUUAAUCUAAAUUAUAACGAAAAAAAAAACAUAAAAAACGAACCACAUUCAAAGCCACUUAAAUUAAAUAUUAGCCCUUAAAAAAUAUUAUUUGUAAUAAUAAUUAUUAUUUUUAUUGAUUUUUCCAAAUAGGUUUUAAAAUCUGCAUAGAAAAAAAAACAUCAACAACAACCAUUACCACUACUACAUGUGUAAAUAGUAUUCAAAGCCAGUUCUUUUUUGUUCUUGUGUGUAUGUAAACAAACAAAACAAAAUCAUAACGAAAAACAAAUUAAAAUUGUUGUAAAUAUCGCAUUAGUUAUUACCUAGUAAUAGUUAUUGUAAUGACUUCUUAGUAAGGCAAACAAAAAAUUGUAAUGUUAUUUAUAGUUUAUUUGAAAACAAAUGUAAAUUUCUAUUUCCUAAGUAUAUAUUAUAUUAUUAUUACUAUUAAAACGAAAAAAAAAACACAAAAAGUUAACUAAAACUAUUAAACCGAGAGAAAAAAAAAAAUCACAAAAAAUCCAAAAAAACUAUUAAAAAU